GACUGCGCUUCUUUCUGAACUGGGCUGAAAAUCGUACACAUUGCCUUUUAUGAGGAGCGUCCGACUACAGGGCGAUCAUGUGAUUCUCCAUGGCUGAGACCCGUCUAAUGCAGCUAGCUGCCUGGGGUUUUCCCUCGCUGAUCCCUAUGGAAUAGCAGUUGCAUAUAGAAUUUAUAUUAGAAUCUGGACCUCGUGAUUGUGUGUACAUUGUUAUUGUGCUAAGGAUACUGACCCUUCAUUAGUCAUGGACAGAUCUGCGGUGGCCAAAGUGGGCGCUGUGGCCAGUGCCAGCAUGUGUGCCCUGGUGGCUGGAGUGGUGUUGGCUCAGUACAUCUUCACUGUAAAGAAGAAAACUGGAAGGAAAACAAAAAUCAUAGAAAUGAUGCCAGAAUUUCAGAAGAAAACUGUCCACAUAAAGGACCCAGCUAGAGUUGAAGAGAUAAUAUGUGGACUAAUAAAAGGUGGCGCAGCCAAGCUUCAGGUGAUAACAGAUUUUGAUAUGACAUUAAGCCGAUUUUCUCACAAUGGCAAACGAUGUCCCACUUGUCAUAAUGUAAUCGAUAACUGCAGAUAUGUAAGCGAUGAAUGCCGCAAAAAGUUAUAUGCACUGAAAGAAAAAUACUAUCCAAUUGAGAUAGACCCAGACCUUACAAUCAAAGAGAAAUACCCCUACAUGAUUGAAUGGUACACAAAGUCACAUACACUGUUAAUUGAACAGCGUCUUCAGAAAGACAAACUGGAAGAAGUAAUAAGGGACUCUGACAUUAUGCUCAAAGAAGGAUAUGAAACAUUCUUUGAUAAACUGAAUGAGUCCGCUAUCCCCGUAUUUAUCUUUUCAGCGGGGCUUGGAGAUGUCUUGGAAGAAACCAUACGCCAGGCUGGUGUAUACUACCCUAAUGUUAAAGUCAUCUCCAACUUUAUGGAUUUUGAUGAAAAUGGUGUGAUAAAGGGAUUCAAAGGGGAACUGCUACAUGUUUACAACAAGCACGAUGGUGCCUUGAGGAGGACAGAAUAUUAUAGCCAUUUGAAAGAAAACAGUAACAUUAUACUCUUGGGAGAUUCCUUAGGGGAUUUAACUAUGGCUGAUGGAGUGCCUAAUGUGGAAAAUAUACUCAAAAUAGGAUACCUCAAUGAUAAGGUAGAAGAGCUGCUAGAAAAAUACAUGGACUCUUACGAUGUAGUUUUAGUCAAAGAUGAAACUCUGGAUGUGGCUAACUCCAUUCUACAAAAGAUUCUUUAAUCUGCACCGUUGGAAGCAUGGAGGAACUCACACCAACUUCUUUUUUUUUUUUUUAUUCUCAUUUUGAUUACAUUUUGAUUUUCAUUUAUUUUAGUAUAUUUAAUAGAACCAUUUUGGUCUUUUAAAGCACCUUACCUUUUAGCACUGUGCUGCUUUAUUAUACCCUAGGUUUUUUUUUUUUUUUUUUUUUUUUCCCCCAUUUUUGCAAUAUGGCAAUCACUUUGGGCCUCCACGAGAAAUCUGCUUGAAAUAAAGCUGACCAGCAUUACAGGACAUCGUUCUGCGGAUGAAGAAUGUAAAGGUGUAAAGAGUUGAAGUGUAUCUUUAUUUUCAUAUGCACUAUUAGGUGUUGUGUUUCGUAUAAGCAUAUAUGUUUUUGAAGGCCAAAAAUGUGCACGUUUGAAACUGUUUGUACAAUCUUUUUAUGUAUUAAAAUAUCCACUUUAUUCAUUGAA